AUGCUAUCGGGGAUCCCAGAAAAGAGGUCGACCUGGUUUUUAAGGCCGCCCAGAAACCGAAGAAACAUUCCGCCACCCCUCCGAGCUAUACGCGUUGUUUUCGAUGCGGACGCACACGGCACCACAGCACAACUUGCUAUGUGCAGGUGGGAAAAGACCCCGUUUAAGCCAAAAACGAUUAUCGGCCCCGGAAGCAGUGAGCCCCGGGGCCGGGAAAGCAUUGGAAUCUUUACCGGGUGCUUCGGGCACUGCCGGGCAACCGGGAAGAGGGCGUUUCGCCGCAGGAGGGGGCCAGCACGCCAUUUCACCAUGCCGGGCCCCCACGGGCGCCUCCCGCUCGGGAGGGUUCAGGUAAGACAGGUUCUUCCGCCCUUAAAGACCCCAGCAAACGGGUUUACAGGAAUUGCGGCACCGUCACACAACCCAUAUGUCACAGCGCUGGCGCCCGGGGCGAAUCGCAUAGCCAAGGGCAUAUGGACCCAUUCGGCAUGGGAACAAAGGGCGCCCAUCAUGCGAAGAUUCUGCGACUUCGCGAAAAGGAACGAUCUCGAGGUUCAGGAGGAAAAUGUUCCUCUUUUUAUUGUAAGUCUACAACUCACCAAGAGCAGCGCGGUG